GGUAUUAAUAUAUUUGACUAAACUAUAUAAGCGGUCGUUUUGAACAUAUAUCACAUAAAAAUAUUUUGAGURAAAAAUUAACUUUCAAUUAAAUUGUCUUAAAAGUUGUUUAACAAUAAAUCAAAUCAAUUAUUAAGCAAAAUGUCAAUUGACUUAUACAUAAGCAAAUACAGUGGGCCCUCCCGUGCCGUUUGGAUGACAGUCAAGCAAUUGAAACUAUCGGUAAAUAUUAAACACAUUGACUUAAGUGAAGGACAACAGUUGGCCCCGGAGUUUGUGAAGAUAAAUCCUAGCCAUACGGUACCCACUAUUGUUGACAAUGGUUUCGCAUUGUGGGAAAGUCGAGCCAUUUUGCAAUACCUGUGCAACCAAUACGCACCCGACAGCUCACUAUACCCGAAGGAUACAAAAAAGCGAGCAAUUGUUGAGCGAUGGCUUAAUCAAGAUUUUUCUCUCGGAUAUCAUCAAAGAGAUGUUUUGUACCCAACACUUAUGGGAGCACCGGUAGCUGAAGACAAGGUUACAGCUUAUAAGAAUGCAUUGAAAGUUAUAGACGGAUUGAUUGGCACAAACAAGUACCUGACCGGAAACGAUCUAACCAUUGCUGACCUGUCGUUGUUGGCCGCAGCCGUACCGCACGAUUGGCUGCCGGCGUUUGAUUUGUCAGAUGUACCGAACUUCAACCGAUGGUAUAACCAACUGAAAGGUGAACUGUCCUACUUUGAUGAGGUCAACAAUAUACCUAAAGAACAAUUGAAUGCUAUGGUCGAGAAAUAUAAGGCAAAGUUUGCACCCAAAGCAUAA